AUGGCGGCUACAAAAGGCGACACUACAGGUGACAUUUUUACCCGGACUCGAGCACUAGCGACGGAAAAAGCCUCCAAGAAGCAGCUAGCUUCAGAAAAAGCUAGCGCCAUUAGCCAGGAGCAAGAGGACCCGUUCCCCCCCGAGGCCCAACGAAGGCCAACCUCGCACUCUGUCGAAGACAUCUUUUCUGAGCUGAGAUCCCAACGUACAGAACUCAACACUAAACUAGAUGCCAUUAACGCUCAGCUCAGUGCGAUAGGGGGCAAGGUGACAAUCCUGGAAAAUGCUUUGCCUGACAUAAACAACAAGAUAACCAUAAACGCGGGGCGCCUGGACGAGGCAGAGAGGCGAAUCCUAUCCACGGAAAACUUAUUGACAGACGCCAUGGAAACAAUAGCAUAUGCUAAAAAAAAAAUAGAGCAGCUGGAAGAGAAAACAGAGGACCUGGAAAACAGGGGGCGAAGGAAUAAUUGUGUUCUAUUAAAUCUGGGCGAAAAAGAAGAGGGAAACAUGCCACUGAUCCGCUACCUGCAAGACAAACUUCCCGAGUGGCUCCACCUGUCCACCGACAGACCCAUAGAACUCGAGAGAGCUCACCGAGCACUGAGGCCCCCACCAGCAGCCAGACAACCACCGCGCCCAAUCACCAUACGUUUCUUGAGAUUCACCGACAAGGAACGAGUCCUACAGGCGGCGAAAACCAACACCAUUACAGUGGGAAACGCCAAACUCAUCUUACUCCAGGACCUGUCAGCUGGAAUACGCCGAAAGCGCCGAGAGUUUGACGAGGUGAAGAAAUGCUCCAUUGACCGAGGCAUCUUUAGGGGAUUCAAAUACCCAAACGAGCUCAGGAUUCUUUACCAAGGAGCCCUGCGACACUUCAAAACUCCCGAAGAGGCUCUGACAGUUCAUCAGAGAGUGCAUGCAGGAGAGAAGCCCUACUCCUGCUCUGACUGUGUAAAAUGCUUCACAACAUCAACUGAGCUAAAAGUUCAUCAGAGAACACACACAGGAGAGAAGCCUUACUCCUGCUCUGAUUGUGGAAAGAGUUUCUCUCAACUGGGCACCUUAAAACACCAUGAACGUAUACACACGGGAGAGAAGCCUUACUCCUGCUCUGACUGUGGAAAGAGUUUCUCUGUACUGGAACACUUGAAAGCACAUGAACGUAUACAUACAGGUGAGAAGCCUUACUCCUGCUCUGAAUGUGUUAAAUGCUUCACAACAUCAACUGGGCUAAAAGUUCAUCAGAGAACCCAUACAGGAGAGAAGCCUUACUCCUGCUCUGAUUGUGUAAAAUGCUUCACAACAUCAUCUAGGCUAAAAGUUCAUCAGAGAACCCAUACAGGAGAGAAGCCUUACUUCUGCUCUGAUUGUGCGGUGAGUUUCUCUCUAGUGAGCCACUUAAAACGACAUACACAUAUACAUACAGGAGAGAAGCCUUACUCCUGCUCUGACUGUGGAACGAGUUUCUCUUUACUGUGCCACUUAAAACGACAUGAACGUAUACACACGGGAGAGAAGCCUUACUCCUGCUCUGACUGUGGAAAGAGUUUCUCUGUACUGGGCCACUUAAAAAGACACCAACAUGUACACAAGGGAGAGAAGCCCUACUCCUGCUCUGAUUGUGUAAAAUGCUUCACAACAUCAACUGAGCUAAAAGUUCAUCGGAGAACACACACAGGAGAGAAGCCUUACUCUUGCUCUUAUUGUGAAAAAUGCUUCACAACAUCAACUGGGCUAAAAGUUCAUCAGAGAAAACACACAGGAGAGAAGCCUUACUCCUGCUCUGAUUGUGUAAAAUUCUUCACAACAUCAACUGGGCUAAAAGUUCAUCAGAGAACACACACAGGAGAGAAGCCUUACUGCUGCUCUGACUGUGGAAAGCGUCUCUCUCGAAUGGGCCAGUUGAGGAGACACCAACAUAAACAUAAAGGAAAUAAGCCUUUCCACUGA